UUUCUAUAAUCAACUCGUAGUUCACAGCAGGUGGUGUACGUAAAGAUCCUGUUAUCCAGAAUAAGGAAACAAAGACAGACCAACUAUGGAAGCCUACAGGUACAAUACACCUAAAAGAAGGGAGAAAUUAGAAAGGAUUUUCCUUCCAUCCCUCUCUCUUCCCCUUCGAUUUUGAAACCACUCGUUUUAGACUUUUCCCAAAUCUCCCGUUCCUCUUUUUCCACCUUUGAUUUUUGAAAUGUCGCUUCUUCGUUCCCUACCGCAAACAGAUCAACGUCUCUGCCGGUUUCAUCUCCCAUUCCCUCCGAUUCGACUCGUAAGUCUGUGAUGUUGUUGCCUAUCAUAGUUUAAAAAGAGAGAGAGAGGGAGUGAGAGACUGAGUGUUUAGUGAAUUGGAGAGUUUUGCAAUUUCUAGUUGGUCUUGUUUGGAUAUUUCUCUAAUGUAGGGUUAACGGAAUUUUAAUAUCCUCCACAUGUAGGUUUAGAGUCUUCUUCUGUUUCAUUCUACUUACUUGUAAUUUUGUGAUUUUGUUUUAAGGAUGGAGUUCCAUACAAUUCUAUUAUGUAUAAGUUUGUUCUUUACUAGAUCUUGGUUUUGUUAAUAAAAUGUAGAAAAUAAGCAACAUCUCACAUACAAGAGCGAAUUGAAUGAAUAUGCUCUAAAAGCAAUCAUUCCAUUACCAGUUUAUCAGACAUUUAAUAAAGGAUCUUCACACCUACCAAAGUAUAGGUCAGUUGUGAAUGUCAAUAGGGUACGUUUCACGUCUCCAAAUACGUUUCCUAAUCGAAGGGGGAGCUGAUCAGGAUGCUGCAAGAAUUGCCCUUGAGUACAUAUCACAAAGAACAAAGCACGAUGGCUUUCUUCUUCUUCAUCGGGAGGAUUUUGUUCGAAUAUACGAAUCAAAUGAAGUUGGAGUUACCUGUUUACAGAACAAAGCAACACAUGGCCUCAAUUUCAUUUUGCCAAUCCACGUUGGUUGUUGGAGUAAGGAGGCAGAGCAAUCGGCAGCACGUGCUGCUAUUCUCCCACUUACUGAAAAUCCUGAUACACAUGAAACUAUACAUACAGUAAUCACUUAUAAAGUCAGACUCCAUGCAACGUGGAAACAGAUCUCUUCAAUUUGCCCAUUCAUGAGACUCUCAAGACUCUUAAUCUACAAUUACUUUCUAUUUAGAGAACUAGCUAGUAAAGAGGUCUGCAGUUUAGCCGUAGGCAUUGAGGGGACCUAUUUGCUUGUCUAUUGUAUGAAUCCAUUUGUUUUAUUGGUGAAUUAAAAUAUUUUCCUUAUUGACUUGUAAAUUUGAUUUGCACUCCUCAUAGUGAUAGAUUAUGUGGGUUGUAUAACUUGCUUCUUCUAUUGCCUAAAAUAAACAUAGGAUGUCGAUCGUGAAGUAACUUGUUGAACCGUGCUAU